AUGCAGAUAAAAUCUGAUCAGCAUGUGUCAAUGAUGUUUUCUUAUCAUCGUAGCAUAGGAACCAUAUAUUCAUUGGAGCUUUGUCUGAAUCUUCAGGAUAUUGGUGGAAGCUCGUCCAGUUCAAAUAAUGUGGAGGGUAUCAGAAAUAGUGAAGCUGCUGAUUUUGUUCCGACUCGGGAUAACAGUAGGGCCCCAAGUCCAAGCUUCAAUGCGUUCGUUCCGCGGGAUCAAAUUGUUGGUAUUCAUGAAGCACACCCCGCCCCUUCUACACAUGUUGGGUUCGAUAGGGUUCCUGAUGCUGAUAUUGCAAAUACGUCCGACGAGGAUGAGAUUGAAGAUUUCACCGGUGAUGAGGCAGAAGUCGUGCCUGAGACGCAGCCUCUGCUUCGCGAUGCUGAUCCUCCAACACGGGUUGAAGCGGAAGGUGGUGGUGCAUCUUCCUCGACACCAGCACACUACCUGUCCUUAAAUCUUGGAGCAAUGCAUUCGAGUAGCGUUGAGGACAGACCGAGCAGCUACCCUUUGUCGGGCGAGAUGGAACUUGAGAUUGGGUUGAAAUUUCUUAACCGGGAAAUAGCGAUGCUAGCAGUUAAAAACUACAACAUCCGUAGGAGUGCAGAAUAUAAGGUGGUAGAGUCAGACCAGAGUAGGUAUGUUUGUCGAUGCAAGCAGUUCGGGGAUAACUGUCGUUGGAUGGUACGGGUUGCGAAGACAAUGUCCUCUAGAUUUUGGGAAAUUCGAAAGUACGAAGGGCCUUAUAGUUGCUUGUCAAGUUCAAUGUCUCAAGACCACGGUCAACUCGAUAGCAAUGUCAUCUGUCAGCACAUAUUCCCGAUGGUGCAUGCCAAUGCGACAAUUUGUGUGAAGGUGUUGCAAGGAUCAGUAGAGUCAGCGUACGGUUACAAGGUGUCAUACAAGAAGUUUUGGCACGCGAAGCAGAAGGCAAUCGCAAGGAUCUAUGGCAAUUGGGACGAAUCAUAUAACCAGCUGCGUAGAUACCUAAAUGCUCUGCAAGCUUUUGUCCCAGGCACAAUUGUUGACCUCCAAACGCGGCCGUACUAUGUCGGGAACACACUAGACCGUGAUAGUGUCAUGUUUCACCAGGUAUUCUGGUCGUUCCCUUCAUGUGUUGAGGCUUUCAGGCAUUGUAAACCGUUGGUGUCAGUUGAUGGAACACACCUGUACGGUAAGUACGCAGGCACCCUUCUGAUGGGCAUAGCACAGGACGGCAAUAACAAUAUUCUACCCGUCGCUUUCGCACUUGUAGAAAGAGAGAACACCGAUUCGUGGUACUUCUUUCUCACCAACUUGAGGAGGCAUGUCGCAACUAGGCCAGGAGUUCUGCUAGUAUCCGAUAGGCAUGUGGCAAUAAAGGCCGCAUUGGAACGUGAGGGGUGUGGCUGGGAACACAAUGUGUACUGUGUACGGCAUAUUGCCUCCAACUUCGCAACCAGUUUCAAGAGUAAGGAAGCCAAAAGACACCUAGUGAAUGCUGCAUAUUCGAAGACGCAAGAACAGUCGCAGUACUACCUGGAGCUAAUCAGCAGUGAGGAUCCAGUGACAUCUCCGCAUAUGAUGGAAUGGAUCCGAGGCUUAGAGCCACUGAAGUGGCUGCAGCACCUUGAUGAGGGCCGACGAUAUGGUCACACGACGACCAAUCUUUCUGAGUGUAUCAACUCCGUCCUCAAGGGCACUAGAAAUCUACCAGUCUGUGCAAUUGUGAAGUCUACUUACCAUCGCCUGAAUGAGUUAUUUGUUCUCAAAGGUUGGCAAGCACAAUGUGUGGAAUACCAUCAAGGGUCGGCAAGCACAACAUGUGGAAUACCACCUGUUGAACAACAACAAACUAAAUAA